AGCUGUGUUAUUUUGGUUUUUAGCACACAUUCUGUGUAAUAUUUAUAGUUUUGAGAUUAUAAAAUCAAGAAAUCAAGAAAAUUGUGACUAGGGUUCUGAAGAAUUUUCUCGCCUGCUGAUUGUUUGUUGUGUUGUCUGAGAAAAAAAGUUGACUUUUGGUCCAAGUUUGUUGGUAUGUUUAAAGGGUGUUAGUGUUAAAGAAUUAAAGGCAUUUUGGAUUGUUGGAUAAGUGUUUUUUGAAUUUUAAGAAUGGCUGCCAAGCUUUUGCAUUCAUUGGCAGACGAUAAUCCUGAUCUGCAAAAACAAAUAGGAUGUAUGACUGGUGUUUUUCAGCUCUUUGAUCGCCACCAAGUUGUUGCAGGAAGGCGGUUUCCGGGCCAUAGUCCUAAGAGGCUCUCCCUUCCUCCAGUUGCAGGUAGUCCACAGUUUGACUACGGAGCACCAGAAAGCGAGUCAAGUACCUCAUACCAGAGACCAUACGUUGUGGAAAAACAUUCAAACAAAGUUAUACAAGACAAGAACAGGGCAUCAACUGAAUCAUCUCGAGACUCUUUCUCAUCAAUGUCUCGGUCAUCUUCCUUUUCUUCUGUGGAUUAUAAUCUUAAUCGAACAGCUCAUCCUGAAUCUGACCACACUGUGUUUCCUGAAACUCCUUCAAGGGACUCCGUCACACGCCAAUCAUGUGGCACUCAACAAAUGAAUCGUCAAAGUGUUGAUCUCCGAGAUGUGGUCAAAGAUUCUAUGUACAGAAAUAAACCUUUGGCCAAAGAUGAGGCACCCGAGCAUGUAAUGAACUAUAGAGAGUCACUUGAUGCUCUUGCUAAAUUUCAAGAAGCCAGUUGGUAUUAUAAUGAACCAAGAGAACUUUCUAGAUCAAAGUCCUACCAAGUUAGAGAUGGGUCGUCAUUUUCCAUACCAAAUGAUUGUCCUCGGUUUUCUUAUGAUGGAAGGGAGACGAACCGGUUAUCCUAUCAAUCACGAGAUAAUGCAAAAAAAAUCACCUCAAAACAACUGGAAGAAGUACCAAGAUUUUCUUUGGACAGCAGAGAGAGUUCAGCUCGUAGUCUAAACUCGGUCUCAAAAGCAGAUUCACUUUCAAGAAACCCAAAAACUGAUGGUCCGACACAGUCACGCCCACCUAGCGUUGUAGCCAAGUUGAUGGGUUUGGAAACUCUACCCGAUUCUGACUCGGCUAAUAAAAAAGAAUUGGGUAUAAGCCCAAUCAGAACUUCUCGAGUUGAAGAUGUUAAUCUAUUGUCAAAAGCUCUAAAAGCAACGGAUCAUUUUGGGCCAAUCAAAAUGCACAAUUCCUCAAAAAGCUCUAUGAGGGAACCAACAUCACCGUUGUGGAGGAAUUCUGAAAUGAAGCCAAUUCCAAAAUUCCCAAUUGAACCCGCACCAUGGAAGCAACGGGAUGGUGCUCGGAGUCCUAAGAGGCCGGUUUCUCGUGUUAUGAAAUCACCAACUAGAAUACAUAGCCCAUAUUCUUCUGUUUAUAGUGAAGUUGAUAAAAGAUUGAAGCAUCUUGAAUUCACACAAUCAGGAAAAGAUCUCAGAGCUCUUAAACAGAUACUAGAGGCAAUGCAGUCGAUGGAAUCCCGAAAGGAAGAAACAGAAAGCAUGGUGAGAAGGCAACCCAUUCCUACCCAAAAUGAAAAAUUUUCAGACCGUCAAAACUCUAGGGGUUCAAAUCAUUUGCGGGCUUAUGAGUCCCCCAUUGUCAUCAUGAAACCCGCCAAGCUUGUUGAAAGAUCGGGUAUGCACGUUGAAGAUUUUGCUAAUGAUAAUACAAAAUAUUUCACAAAUAAUAUUCCUAAAAGUACACGUAGAGAGAAUGCUGUCAAUACCACUGAGGUCAAAGCAGGAGGAAGACACACAAGGAAUGCUUCAUCUCUUCCUAAGCAACAACAGUUGCCUAAAGAAAACGCUACAACUUCAGGAAAGAGCACGGGUUCUAUCAGCCCGAGAUUACAACAAAAGAGGCCUGAGUUAGAUAGGAGAUCUCGACCCCCCACACCUCCGGUGGAUUCUAACAAAGCAAGAAAACCAUUAACUAAACAGGUGCCAGAGUCGACUUCCCCUGGUGGAAGAAGAAGGUCAAAGUAUUCAAAUGUUCAACAAAGUGAUGACCGAGACCGUGAGGUCGGUGGCAGAUCAAAGAAGUUUACCACUCCUAAUUGUUCUGAAGACAUUGAUUACAGGCAAAGUCCAAGCUCAAUGCAAGAGAAAUCUACUUUGAUUCUGAGGGAGGAUGAAUCACUUGACCCGGAAUAUCCAAGUCCAAUCUCUGUUCUUGAUGAUGCUGUCUAUAUGGACGAUUCACCGUCGCCCGUGAAACAUAUGCCAAAGACAUUGAAAGAUGAAGCUACUCAAGAGGUUAAAGAUCAAUGGGCAACACCAGAUGAUGUCAUUUCUGACACCCUAUCAACCGGUGUUACUUCCGAGAUUAACCGCAUAAAGCUACAAAACAUUGAGCAUCUGGUGCAGAAACUCACAAGACUCAACUCCAGUCACAAUGAAGCACAAACAGAUUACAUUGCAUCUCUCUGUGAAAACGCAAAGCCUGAUGACAGGUACAUCUCCGAGAUACUAUUAGCUUCAGGGCUCCUUCUCAGAGAUCUCGGGUCAAGCCUUACAACUUUCCAGUUUCACUCUUCGGGUUACCCAAUUAACCCUGAGCUAUUUUUGGUAUUGGAACAAACAAAGUUCAGUAAUGUGCCAAAACAUGACCCUGCUACCCCUGAAAAGAUCAUCAGAAAGGAAAAGUUCAACAGGAAGCUUAUUUUCGAUACUGUUAAUGAGAUUCUUACUGGGAAGUUGGCUUUAGUGAUGCCUUCUCUUGAAGCAUAUUCAAGAAAGAGAUUAGCGAAGAAGACACUGAAUGCACAGAAGCUUUUGCAGGAUUUGUGUGUGGAGAUAGAACAGUUACAAGUGAAGAGCAAGAGCCACGAGAUUAUUUUAGAGGAGGAAGAUGACGAAUUGAAAACCGUUUUGUGGGAGGAAGUGUUGAACCGUGCAGAAAGUUGGACAGAUUAUGACGGUGAAGUGCCAGUUAUUGCAUUGGAGGUUGAAAGACUGAUCUUUAAAGAUUUGGUUAAUGAAGUUGUUUUGAGUGAGGCUGCUGAUGGCAAGCGAGCAAAGCCUGGAAGACGUCGCAGACAGUUGUUCUCAAAGUAGAGUUUUUUAUUGCUGAAUUUCCUUUUCUUAUUUCAGCUUCUGUUUUGGAUACCUUUAUAAUUGUUUUCUGCCUUCGCUUUUCGGUAUUUGUAUGUACACGUGUAAGAAUCUCUACGAUAUAAAACUCAAGUGAAGAGAGGGUAUGACACCCCUUGUAUCAAUUUGAAGGAAAUAACAUUUUACAUGAUUUCACUGA